GAAAUUACUGUUACCCGUUUUACUGAAGGUGCUAGAUAAACAAACAAAAGCGGAACGCAAUAUCACAUGUGUUCGUGAACCUGGUUUCACUUAGAUGCUUUUCUGUGUGUGAAUAACAACGAUAAUGUGUCCCGUGAGCCCCCCGUUAUCAUAGGGUAAGAGGAGUUAGCAUCCCUCUGGCGAAGUGCGUUGGCACUGGCUCCGUCGUUAGAGCUAAGUGGUUAGCGCGACAUGUUUAUUUUAGUGCUGGGAAGAAGCAGCGCGACAUGAUGGCACGAAACUGUCGCCGAGUCAGCAAGUAGCUGCGCCUUUUCACUUGAAGGUCGUGGUGACACGGGUGUAAAACUUGACUCAGAUCUGCACUCCACAACAUCUCCACGCAGCCAUCACCAUGGCGUGGGCUCUCAAGUUGCCUCUCACGGAUGAAGUGAUAGAGUCCGGACUGGCUCAGGACUUCGAUGCCAGUCUGUCCGGCAUCGGCCAGGAGCUCGGUGCCGGGGCAUACAGCAUGAGUGAUGUACUUGCCCUCCCCAUCUUCAAGCAGGAGGAGUCCAACCUUCCUCCAGACACUGAAGACAAGAUCCUUCCCUUCCAGUAUGUUCUGUGUGCAGCUACCUCGCCAGCCGUUAAACUGCAUGACGAAACACUCACCUACCUCAACCAAGGACAGUCCUAUGAAAUUAGAAUGCUCGACAAUCGGAAAAUUGGGGAGCUUCCAGAAAUCACUGGUAAAAUGGUGAAGAGCAUUAUUCGUGUGGUGUUUCAUGACCGAAGACUUCAGUAUACGGAGCAUCAGCAGCUGGAAGGCUGGCGCUGGAACAGGCCUGGUGAUCGCAUCCUUGACCUUGAUAUUCCCAUGUCAAUUGGGAUAAUCGACCCCCGGGCUAACCCUACUCAGCUUAACACUGUGGAGUUCCUUUGGGAUCCAUCAAAAAGAACCUCAGUUUUUAUCCAGGUUCACUGCAUCAGCACAGAAUUCACAAUGCGCAAGCACGGCGGAGAAAAGGGAGUUCCAUUCCGCAUCCAGAUCGACACUUUCAAGGAAAACGAGAGUGGAGAGUACACGGAGCAUCUCCACUCUGCCUCCUGUCAGGUCAAAGUUUUUAAGCCUAAAGGUGCAGACAGAAAACAGAAGACAGACAGGGAGAAGAUGGAGAAGAGGGCGCCACAGGAAAAGGAGAAGUACCAGCCAUCUUAUGAAACAACCAUCUUGACAGAGUGUUCUCCCUGGCCUGAGGUCACAUAUGUGAGCAACUCCCCGUCUCCUGGCUUCAACAGCACACACAACAACUUCCCAGUUGCAGAGGGAAACGGAUCACCAACCCACCAGCCGGAGCCUGUUGUUCCGGUUGCAGAUAAUUUGUUACCCACAGCAACACCACAGGACGCACAACAGUGGCUUCACAGAAACCGAUUCUCACCCUUCUCUCGGCUCUUCACCAACUUCUCAGGGGCAGAUUUGUUGAAGCUGACCAGAGAAGAUGUCAUUCAGAUCUGUGGUCCAGCUGAUGGCAUAAGACUCUUCAAUGCACUGAAGGGACGCGUGGUACGUCCAAGGCUGACCAUCUACGUUUGCCAGGAGUCUCAGCAGUCACGGGAACAGCAACAGAAGCAUGAAAACGGAGAUGCUGCCACCAACACUUUCUUUAUAUAUCAUGCCAUCUACCUGGAGGAGCUUACAGCUGCUGAGCUCACAGAGAAGAUCGCUCAGCUCUUCAACAUCUCAUCCAGACAGAUCAACCAGAUCUUUAAACAGGGUCCCACUGGCAUCCAUGUGAUUGUCAGUGAUGAGAUGAUUCAGAACUUCCAGGAUGAAGUAUGUUUUGUUCUGGACACAAUGAAAGACGACACAAAUGAUGGCUACCACAUCAUCUUGAAAUGAAUACUGGGAAGGAGAUUUGCGUAGCUUUUCUUUAGACCUGAUCCAGUCAGCCCCUGUAGAAUUCUGUACUCCUCACUGUUCUUGGAAUAUGUGGUGAUGCAACCCCCCCCCAAAAAAGUCUUGAGGCUGCUAGGAGGAACAUGUGACUGGAGCAUCUCUCCUCACUCUACCUUAUUGUCUUACUUUUGAGGGAGCGACUCUUUAAUCUGCAGUGAAGUAACCUUCUCCUUCACGCCCUGCCAUUUUCUCCCUUAAAUGGUUGCGUUUCCUUUUGUCGCUUAUGUCUCAUGCAAAGGGUUAGUGGCGCGACAGCUGCUAUCGCUGUCUAUGUGUCUGUCGAGCAUCUGGUGUGCCAAAGCUCCGUGUUUCAGAAUUUGUCAUCUCUCUUUUUUUUUUUUUAAAAAGUACACCAACCAAAAAAGAAAAGCCAAGAAAAAGAGAAACGGUUACAAUGACAGAACCGGCAGCAGUCAGUGGCUGUCUGUCGUCAUUCUAGACUGUCGUAUGGGAUCGACAUAAUGCCAGUACGCAGGAAACGUGUAGCUGACACGCUCGUAUCAAAGAGGCAUCUAAAUCAGCAGUCGGGACAAAGAAGGAAACUGCUGGAAUACAGCUAUGCUUCUUCAAUUCCUCUGAGACCUAACCUACGUGUGUCCUUUUGAAAAAAAAAACAAACAAACGUGGUAUUCCAGAUUCCCUGUCACUUUUAGGUCCUUUCGUAGUUAGCGGAGCAUACAUACUGGCACCUGUGAUUGUUACUUUGAAUCAUGAUUCACGAUGAAACACUGUCUACGUUAAUAAUCACACCAGCAAACUGUCACUGGUCCAUGUGCUUCAUAUCCCUAUCCACUUAUUUAGUCUAUUUUUCGUCAUUUUUAAGUAGAUCAUGGUUUUAAGACGCAUGAUGAAUCACACAUUAUGUCAGCAGAUUAUUUUAAUUCUCUGUUGUUGAUUUUUUAAACUUGCUUACAAUUCUUCAUUUUUUUUAUUUUUUAUUUUUUGGGGAAAUUUUUUUGCCACGUCCAAAUACCAAUAUGUGUAUGUACUGGUUGUUGUGCACACCAGAGCUGCAUGUGAGUCGAUAAAGUUAGUUUAUGUUCAUUUGAUUGUACUGCUUACAUUAAACUGAUAGCUUGGUCUUCUAGAUGUCUAUCGUAGCCCCAUCUCAUAAACAUUAUUAAAACACUUA